CUUUAACUGUUGCUAACAAUGUGUACUCGCUCGCUGCUCAAUCAAGUUUUUAAUUUUUACUCUUUGUGAUUAAUGUUGAUGAUGUUUUGCAGGGUCACGGCCUUCUAAUUUUUUCAGUCGGUGUUACCUAGUCUUCUUAGUUUUACAGUUAAAAAACCAGUCAGUUUCGCGAUAAACAGGUUCUCUUGAACUACUCAGUCACACAAUUUGUGUGGUUCUUGUGUAAGUUACAUAAUAACAGAACUUCCUGAAUUUGGAAACAUGCUGGUGGCUGCCUUAGCAAUAUUAGUUACCAUUUUUGUUCUAUACGUUUACUACGAUCAUCAGAAAUGCCUCCCAGGGCCUUGGAAUCUACCAAUAAUCGGGUCCAUGCAUAAACUUGACCCUGUGUCACCCAACCUUACCUUGGCAAAACUUGCACAAAAAUAUGGACCAAUUUUUCGAAUCAAACUAGGCUUAGUGAACAUCGCCGUGAUUUCUGAAGCAAAAUUAUUAAAAAAAGUUUUACUCAAAGACGAAACUUUGGGAAGGCCGCCACUUUUUAUAUUACGUGUGAUGUUCGGAGGCAAAGGAUUAGCCUACAGCCCACUCAAUGUGUGGAAAGAUCAACGCAAGUUUACCACUAACUUUUUAAGAUCAAUUGGGAUCACAAAAUUUUCGCCAACUAGAAAGGAAUUAGAAGAUCUCAUAACGAACAAUGCUGAAGAAUUUGUACAUCACAUAAGUAGUCAAGGGAACAUUGUAACUCUGGACCCUUCAGAAGCUGUGGUACACUACGUCAGCAACAUCGCCGGUACUUUAAUUUUGGGUAAAUUGUUUUCGCGUGAUGACGAAGUUCGCAAAAAUUUAAUACACAACCUUGACAUAAUAGUGCGUGAAGCGGGGAUUGGAGGAGCUUUAAACUUCCUACCGUUUUUAAGGUUUUUGCCAAAAUACAGGAAAACGUUGACCACUUUUAGCGAGACGAUGGACAAGGUUCGAAAAAUUUUAGCCGUCUACGUUAACGAGUGCGAAAAGACAUUUUCUAACGAUGAUUCUGCUACAAAUUUAAUUGAAGCGUUUUUGCUGCAACGCUCUAAAGGUGGUCCUUCAGAAAUCUACAACACAGAUCAACUCAUAUACUUGUUAUUCGAUAUUUUUACGGGUACCACCGAAACUACAAUAACCUCCUUAAAAUGGAUCAUUCUGUACUUAACACAGUACCAAGACGUGCAAAAUAAAGUACGCCAGGAGGUUCUUGACGUUCUACAUGAAAAAACACUCGAAAUGAGUGACGUCCAGAAGCUGCCGUACACCCAAGCAGUACUUACUGAAGUAUCCAGAAUUAGAACCGUAAUACCACUGGGUUUUCCACACUACGCUUCUGAAGAUGUUCACGUCGAUAACUUUAAAAUUCGCAAAGGUACCAUGAUAAUGCCGUUAUUGUGGGGCAUUCAUAUGGAUCCCAAGGUUUGGGACCAACCUGAAGAAUUUCGGCCCGAGAGAUUUUUGGACGAAGGGAAAAAUUUUGGUCCUUCUGAGUCAAUUCUUCCGUUUCAGUGCGGUAAAAGAAUGUGCGUUGGAGAUGAGUUUGCAAGAAUGAUGACAAUCAUAUUUGUUGCUGGUCUCGUCAAGAAUUUUAAACUUGAACCGUGUGAAUCCAGUCCUAUUGAUUUUUCGUGGAUUUGCGGGCUAUCAUUAGUGCCCAAACCGCAGAAAGUUGUCUUUGUAAAAAUUUAAGUUU